ACGGCGCCACGGCUUCCUUCGUCCGCUGCCCAGCGAUCUAGCUGGCUGGCAAUCUGUGGAGGCCCCUCAUGGAGCCGAACCUGCACUUCUGGAUCCGAGAAAGCCAAUCUUUUGUCCAAAGAUUUCUUAACUGGCUUGACAUACUAGACCCAACAAAUAUACUGCUCUCUCAUGAAAAAAUAAAAGCUGCAAGAGAAUUGUUAAAGAGUGAACAGACACCUAAAGAUCACACAGAAGACCAAAAGAUACAAAAAGCCUGGACACAGAGCCUGGCAACAGUGCAUCCUGAUACUGGGGGUGUAAUUCCUAUGCUAUUUAGGCCUGCAGCUUUCUUGCCUAUUACUGGACCCCUGGUAUUCCUAUUUCUACAAAAACAUAAAGGAAUAAAGGCUGCUCUUUUCCCUCAGUUUUUCAUCCAUGCAUAUAAUACUGAAUUCAGCAUAACAAAUGGAAAUGCAAUCCAUGCAAAAUAUUCUCUUGAACAACAACUUCUUGGGAUAACUACAAUUAUUUCUACAACAUUUUUUGGAAUUUCCCCUCUUUUGAUGAUGAAUCGAUACACAUUAAAAGGACCUGCUAUUCAGAAUGUUGUUAUCAAAAUCUUGCCUAUCCCUCUUCUGGCCUUUUUAAGUACAUUUAAUGUGGUGGUGAGCAGAAGCCAUGAGUACCAGAAUGGAAUUCGUGUCGUGGACAAGAAUGGGAAUGUUGUAGGACUGUCACAAGAAGCUGGGGCAAAGGCAGUUGGAGAAACAGCAUUGUCUAGAGGUUUGCUCUUUGGGACUUCAACGCUUCUUUCAAGUGUCUUUGCAUACUUUUUUGAAAGGACCAACCUCGUCCAUCAAAAUCCAAAGUUGCUGAUGGUCAUGAAGUUAAACGCGACUCUUCUGGCAAUGGGGUUGAUGGUACCAGUUUCAUUUUGUCUGUUUCCACAGACAGGGCAGAUACAGCGAACCUCUCUAGAACCAGAAAUGCAGUCCUUGACAGAGGAAACAGAUCUCUUUUAUAAUAGAGGACUUUAAAGACUAGUUUGAAAUUUCAACAUGGCUUGUCUUCUCACAGAGCUUACUCACAGAAGCUUAGAAUUAGAAGGUACCAAGAGCAGGCCAACCUUGUACAUGAGUGACCCAAAAGCCCUUCCCCUAAAAUAUUAUUUUCUCAAGAUUUCAGGCUUAUAUGUUUAUGCCUUUUCUCUCUUUGUGAAGUGGAUGACAGUGAAGGUUUAGGGUGUUUGUGUAUCACAGGUAGCAAUCUUUUUUGAGGUAUGGAUCAGCCUCAAGGGUUGCUGAAGUCACUUUCCAUUCAUUCUCUGGAGAGCUAGCUGAUCAAGAUACUGCAUGCCAAUAAUCUGCCUGAAGGAAAGAACAAAGUUGUUCUGCCUUAGCUGGAUCCUCAGCCAGCACUUAAUAUCAUUUUUUGGUUCUAGCACAAUUUCCACUUACUGGGAGGCUGGAAUCAGAAUCAGACCUCUGUGUCAAGCAAAUUCAAUGUAUUUUUGUCAUUGGGUGGGAGAGAUAUAUGUGUGUUUAUAUAUUUUUUUUAAAAAACAGGAUUGAGGAGGGGAGAGAAUUUGUUUAGUUUUACAUAUUCAACCCCCAAGAAGUUGCACCUAUCCUAUGAUGGAAUUUUUAAACACACACACACUCUCCUACUCACACUACUCUGAAAUUACUAUUUAUUAAAAUUUUUAUAAAACCUAUGGUUCAGUGUUUGAAAAAUAGAUUAGUAAUGCUCACCAUCCCUGACAUGGCAUGAAUUUCCUUAUUAUAAAUUAUGAUUUUGCUUGAUUUGAGGUUAGAUGUAAUAAUAUGCUGAAACACCAAACACCUACCUAGUUGAUAACCAAAUAGGCAACAGUUUUCUUCUUUCUGGGAUAGAAAGGUACUCAACUCAUGCUAUAGAACAAAUUGUCUUUUGUGAAAUCAUGUAACAGAAACCUUGCCAAACUGAUGAACUCUAUUUAAAUAAAUAUUUUAAAGAUAGAGUUGGUGAUCCAGAGGAUAACUUUCACCAUAGCUAGAAUAGUUCAAUAUGGGUAACAAGAGAAGCUUCAAAAAAUUUUCCAUUAUAUAAAAAAGAUCUAGAGCUAUAGUUACACUGGGUAAAAAAUAUCAGUUCAGU